CGAGCUGCAAGCUCCGGCUUCAGAUUCAGACUGAGAUUCAGCUGCAGUUUCGUUCAUUCCAUUCCAUUUGAUUGCAUUUGGCGCCAAACCAAGUAUAAAAGCGGGAGAACCUGGGCUGCGAUCGGCACACAAGUACCGUGACAUUCGAGGAGCCACAACACGCGGUGGCAGCAGUGGACUCAGUUGACUCAGUGCAGCAAAGGACUCUCGUGGAUUACCCUAGUUUGGUGGAUAGUGCGCUUUGGAGCGCGCUUGGUUGCCUAGGAUUCGUGGGUGCAUCAAGGACUCCCCUUUUCCUCGAACGGGAUUAUAUAAUCAAAAGUUGCGGGUGAUGGCUCUCAAAUGGGCUCUGGUGAUCACGACGUUGGCUGUGGCCCAGGCAGCCAAGCUGGAUAACAAAUACCUGCCCCCGCCGGCAAGUGCGGCCAGUGCAGGCGGCAGUCCGGGAGCAGGGCUCCAGGGACCAGGAGGUGGCUUCGGCGGGGGUGGAGGUGGACCCGGAGGAGGCUUCGGCGGGGGAGGAGCAGGUGGAGGCGGCUUUGGAGGAGGUGGCGGCGGAGGUGGUGGCUUCGGGGGCGGUAAUAACGGUUUGGGCGGCUUCUCAAACGGAAGACCCAUCGCACCGGGCGGAGGCGGCGCACCCGCACCACGUCCCAGUUCACCAGGCGGUGGCGGUGGUGGUGCUCCUCCAGCCUCUGGACCACCGAUCCCCAUCCUCUCGUUUGUCAACGAGAACGAUGGCGAUGGCAACUACCGCUUCAGCUACGAGACCGGAAAUGGUAUCAAGGCCCAGGAGGAGGGCACCGUGAAGAACAAGGGAUCCCCGAAUGAGAUCCCCUCCGUGAUGGGCUCCUACUCCUACACGAAUCCCGAGGGCGAGCUCGUCGAGAUCAUGUACACGGCGGACGAGAACGGCUUUGUGCCCUCGGGCAACGCCCUGCCCACGCCACCACCCAUUCCGGAAGCGAUUGCCAAGUCUCUGGCUGCCCAGGGCAUCUCGGUGCUGCCGGGAGGUGGAUUUAGUGGAGGAUCUGGAGGACAGGGUGCUGGUGGCGGCGGAGGCGGUGGCUCAGGCUAUGGUGGCGGAUCAGGAUCAGGAUAUGGAGGCGCUGGUGCCGGCGGUGGUGCAGGUGGUGGCGGAGGAGCAGGCGGCGGUGGCGGAUAUGGAUCAGGAGGCGCCGGCGGUCGAGGUGGUGGAUCCGGAGGUCCAGGUGCGCCAGGUGGUGGCGGCUUUGGAGGCCAAGGAGGCGGUGGUGGCUAUGGAGGAGCAGGUGGCGGAGGAGGACGAGGCGGUUCUCCAGGAGGUCCCGGAGCUCCAGGUGGAGGAGGAUUUGGCGGAGCCGGAGGAGCUGGCGGCGGAUAUGGAGCUGGCGGCGGAGGCGGCCGAGGUGGCGGUGGAGCCCCAGGAGCUCCAGGCGGAGGUGGAUUUGGUGGUCAAGGAGGAGCUGGCGGCGGAUACGGCGGCGGUGGGGCUCCAGGUGCUGCCGGAGGUGGUGGCGGAUUCGGAGGAGGUGGAGGACGCGGUGGCGCCCCAGGAGCUCCAGGUGCUCCAGGCGGAGGAGGAUAUGGUGGAGGCGGAGGAGCUGGCGGCGGCUAUGGAGGCGGCGGCGGCCGUGGUGGUGGUGGUGCUCCAGGAGCUCCGGGAUCACCAGGCGCGGGAGGCUUUGGUGGAGCCGGUGGAGCUGGCGGCGGAUAUGGAGGCGGUGGAGGCCGCGGUGGUGCUGGAGCACCAGGCGCUCCAGGAUCUCCAGGAGGAGGAGGAGGAGGUUUUGGAGGACAAGGAGGUGGUGGCGGCUACGGUGGAGGCGCCGGACGUGGUGGUGCUCCAGGAGCCCCCGGAGCUCCAGGUGGAGGAGGAUUUGGAGGUCAAGGCGGUGGUGGCGGAUUCGGAGGAGGCGCUGGUCGCGGUGGAGCGCCAGGAGGUCCUGGCUCUCCAGGUGGAGGCGGUUUUGGAGGUCAAGGAGGUGGUGGCGGAUUUGGAGGCGCCGGCGGUCGCGGUGGUGCUGGGGGAGCUCCAGGAGGACCCGGAUCUCCAGGCGGACCCGGUUAUGGCGGUGGUGCUGGUGGAGCAGGAGGCGCCGGUGGACGUCCAGGAGCUCCAGGAGCUCCGGGAUUGCCCGGUGGCAACCAGUAUGUUCCUCCCCCAGCCGGUGGCGGCGCACCUGGCGCACCUGGAUCCCCCGGAAGACCUGGAUCAGGACCUCCCGGAGCAGGAUCGCAAUACAUUCCACCUCCCCCGGGAGCGCCUGGUGGAGGUCGUGGGAAUGGAGAGUUCAAUCCUCAGACAGGCUAUAGCUAUUAAACCCAGAAGAAGUCCCAGUACGCCUAUCAAAUCUCUCAACUCGAAGAAAUGUCAUUACAAUGCUGGCUGCCCUAAAUGUUCUUUCACUCAAAUGGUUAAUUUAUUUAUGUAAGCUUCCUCUUCCUUCCCCUCCUUUUCUUUUGUGACAAUGUGUGUGUGCCACUAUCGAAAUAAAUGAAUCUUGAAUACUUGAAA